UUAUUUAUAUAAACAACCUCAACUCAUCUCUCGUUCCAACUCAUUCUAUAUUCCAAGUACUCACCAUGUUUCUCUCCUUGCUCCUCUGUCUCUCGCUCUGCCUCACGCUACUCUCGUUUCUUCUCACAUUUUUCUUAUCUCGUAAAAAUCCGAUAUCGUAUCCUCUUAUCGAUAGCCUAUUCGUAUUUUACAAAAAUCGAUAUCGGUUGAUACAUGCUAGCCUAGUAGCAUUUUACAAAAAUCGAUAUCGGUUAAUAUAUUGGUACACUGAGCUCCUCUCGGAGUCUCUUAUUGGUAGCCUAGUAGCAUUUUACAAAAAUCGAUAUCGGUUGAUACAUUGGUACACUGAGCUUCUCGCGGAGUCGAGUUCGGGGACUAUUGUAGUCAGGCGGCUCGGCGCGCAACGAACUAUUGUGACGGCUAAUGAGAAAAAUGUGGAGUAUAUUUUGAAAACGAAGUUUAGUAAUUUUCCUAAGGGGAAAGCGUUUACGGAAUUUCUGGGGGAUUUUCUCGGGUACGGGAUUUUUAAUGUGGACGGGGAGAUGUGGAAGUCGCAGAGGAAGCUUGCGUGUCAUGAGUUUAGCACGAGGUGUUUACGGGAGUUUGUUGUUAAGGUUUUGGAAGACGAGGUGGAGAAUCAGCUCGUGCGAGUGCUUGAGAAUGCGGUGGAGAAUGAAAGUGUGGUGGAUUUGCAAGUGGUUUUGAAGAGGUUUGCUUUUGAUACUAUUUGUAAAGUUGCGUUAGGGUUUGAUCCGUCUCAGAUGGAUUCGUCUGAGACGGAUCGGUUAGCUUGUGCAUUUGAUACGGCCUCGAUGUUUAGUGCCAUGCGCGGGGGCGCAAUGGUGAAUGCGGUGUGGAAAUUGAAGAGAUGGCUUAAUGUUGGAUCGGAGAAACGGCUUAAAGAGGCCGUGGCAGUGGUGCAUGACGCGGUUGAUGAGAUUAUUUUAGUCGAGAAAAAUAAAAUGAGGUUGAAUCGCGGGGAAAAUAGUGAAAAUAGCGAAAAAAGUCUACUAUGGAGGCUUUUAUCAGCGGGAAUUGAUGAUGGACUGGUUCGAGACAUGGUCAUCAGUUUCCUGAUGGCGGGUCGGGACACGACGUCCUCAGCAAUGACCUGGCUGUUCUGGCUAAUUUCGCAAAAUCAGGACGUUGAGGAAAGGCUGUUGAAUGAAAUUCUUUUGUCUAGUGAGGAAUUAGUAUUCGAUGAAUUGAAGGAAAUGAGGUACAUGAAAGCCUGCAUUUCCGAGUCAAUGAGGCUGUAUCCACCGGUGGUUUGGGACUCGAAACACGCGGCCAACGACGACGUUUUGCCUGACGGGACGGUGGUGUACAAGGGGAACAGAGUGACCUAUUUUCCUUAUGGAAUGGGGAGAAUGGAGGAGCUUUGGGGGAAAGACCGGUUGGAGUUUAGACCGGACCGGUGGCUCGAUGAAUCGGGUGGUUUAAAGAUGGUGAGUCCUUACAAGUAUCCGGUUUUCCAGGCCGGUCCGAGAGUGUGCUUGGGAAAGGAAAUGGCUUUCAUACAGAUGAAAUAUGCGGUGGCAUCGGUUUUGAGACGGUUUGUGAUAAAACCGGUUUGUUUGGACCAGCCGGUUUUUGUUCCUUUGUUGACGGGUCACAUGGCCGGUGGACUUAAAGUUAGGGUGUUCAAGAGAGUUUGAAUAUUAAUUAAUUUUGUAUUAUAAUUUCUAGUACACACUGUUCAAGUAAAUUGUAGGAUGUAAAUUGAGAUAAUUUUGUAUAUAUAUAUAGUUUUGGUGAUAGUGCCCCC